CUGUCAAUUGGAGCCAUGGCCUCAACCCUUGUGGUUAUUCUGUGCGUUGUAUUCGCAGGGUUUUCGGGCACGGCAGCCCAGGCGACCUACGUUCCCGAUUCGCAAAAUGUCUACCAUCUCUUCACCAGACAAAACCCAACCGUCAGCCAGCCCAUGGUCCUCGGCUUCCCCACUCUAAUCGGAGCCAACUUCAACCCGGCCCGCCGCACCGUCCUCAUCCUCCACGGCUGGGACUCCGACGCCGUGUCCGCCUUCAACGUGGCUCUCGUCCCUGCCAUCAUCGCGACCGCAGACGUGAACCUGAUCGCCGUGGACUGGAGCGCCGGCGCCGGCACGACCGACUACAACGUACUCCUCAGCCACAACGUGCCAUUUUGCGCUGAAAGCGUCGCCCGUUUCAUCGUCUGGCUGAACCAAGAGACUGGCGCGACUAUUGACCAGUACCACAUCAUUGGGUUCGAAGUCGGCGCCCACUUGGGCGGCAUCGUCGGCAGAAAUCUCAACGGACAAAUUCCUUUCAUUACUGCCCUGGCCCCGACCCGUCACGGUUUCAACGGGACGAACCAGUUCUUCCCCACCGACGGUGUGUACACCGAGGCCAUCCACACGGACGUGUUCGGCAGCGGCAUGCACGAGCCCGUCGCGCACUCCGACUUCUACCCCAACGGUGGCUUCUUCCAGCCGGGGUGCGAGAUCAUCGACUGGGAGUGCAACCGUGACAGGUCCUUCCUAUACUUCGCGGAGUCGAUUGUUUCUGGAGGCUUCACGGCGUCCCGCUGCGAAGGUGAUUUCGACUCGGACGUUAUCUUGCCUACCAACUGCGACCCCGAGGAUACCCUGCCUAUGGGAGGCCUGACUGACAAGACGGGACAUUGGGGAUUCUUCUCCGUGCCCGUCAACGCGCAGUCCCCGUUCUCCCAGGGCUAACUCUUCUGACGACCUUUGAAUUAUUCAUAAAAUAAAAUUUGGCUUCUA